UUACUUUAUUUUUAUUUUUAUUUUUCCUUUUUUUAAAAUAUUUAUCUACUUUAAACGCAAAGAAAAGAAAAAGACAAAGCGGAGAUCCUAAGGGGUAUGCCUGGAUGAUUCAGAAAGCAAGCCUGGAUGAUCCUAAUUGACAAUAGAGGAUAGCUAAAUUCCCCCAACAUCUAUACCUUCUGCUUCCGCCCAGAGAAACACAUAUCAUAAGAAGAAAGACUUAAAAGUUCAUACUCAAGCUAUAAUCAGAUUCUUCCUUUCAUAUCAAUUCUCACGUGAAAAAGAAAGCAAAACAUAAAACAAGCCAGACAUGAAACAGUAGAUUUUUUUCUCCCAACAAGCCGAAAACCAAACCGCUUCAGCUAUUCUGUUUCCUCCAUUCCCCGUCAACGCCGGAACAAAUCCGAGAAACAAAUGAAACUCUAUUAAAAAAGAAAACAACAGCUUGAGAGUGAAAACAUGUAAAAUCUCAUGAAUGUGAGAUUCCAACCCAAAAUAGAAUGAGUGUAUAAUAGAUUAGAGUGUAAUUGAGAAUAAAAGAGGAGAUUCGCGUGGUGGUUGCCGUGGCUGUGCGACUAGAGUUCGCGUUGACUUCCGGAGACACGGUGGUUGCUCACUGUGGUGGUCCGGCGUAAGAGGGGAGAGGGGCGAGUCGGGUCGGUCGGAGCCGCUGGUGGCAGCGUGCAGGCGGAGGAGGCGCAUCAAUCCCUGGGCUGCGUUUGGAAGAGGAGUCCAGGUGUCUCUUGAUCUGCAUGUGCGUGAGUGAGAGGCUAGGGAAAGAGCCCCUAAUUUCUGAGAGAAGCCUUGGGCCAGAUUAUUCUGAAGCCAAAAAAAUCCAAUACACAUAAAAUUGGAGAGUCUUAUAAAGAAGGAUCUCCCUCCGUAUUUUAGUCAUCAAGAGGUUAUAAGUGGCUAAGUGAACUCUGUGACUUGUUCAUAUGGAUAAGUUAGAAUUACGUUGUAAGGAGUGUCCCAGAAGGGCGAAAGCAGAGUAUAAUGAUGAUACAGUAAGAGCGUCUUUGGCUAGACUAGAAGACACCAUCAUAUUUGCUUUGUUUGAAAGAGUCAAGUUUCCUUUGAAUCCCCCAACCUACGAUCUGCUUGGCGACCUCGUUCGUGAAACAGAGGCCCUUCAAUUCGAGGCACAUAGAUACGAUAAUCCUGAAGAAAAUCCGUUUUUCCCAGAAAAUUUACCACCCUUUUCUGCACCAGAGUAUCCCUUUACAGAGUUUUUGCAAGGUGCAGGUGCUUCGAUUAACAUAAACAAGGAAAUUUGGGAAGUGUACUUUCGUGAGCUGCUUCCAAAGUUUGUUAAAUGCGGUGAUGAUGGUAACUAUGCACAAACUGCUUUUGCCGAUCUUACGUUGUUACAGGCCAUCUCGAAAAGAAUUCAUUAUGGAAAAUUUUUUGCUGAGGUCAGAUUUAAAGAAGCUCGUAUAAUCUGCGAGCCUUAUAUUCGUGCCAAGGACAAGGAAGCAUUGAUGAAAUUCUUAACAACUGAGAGCGUUGAAAAUACGGUGGUGAUGAGGAGGGUUGAAAAGAAGGUGAUGGUGUUUGGGCGGGAACUCAGCCAAGAACAUGAUUUCAAGGGAGAUGUUUCUAUCUUAUACGAGAAAUGGUUACUUCCACUCACAAAAAAAGUUCAAGUCGAAUACUUACUAAAACGUCUCGAUUGAAGCCAUCACAACACCCAUCAAAUUAAUAAAUUAAUGUCAUCUCAUUGUUAAUUUAAAUUUAUUAGUUUCUUAUUUAGCUGUUAUCAUUGCCAAAUUUUUAUGUAAGUCAAUUCAGAAAAUAAUGUUAUAUAACUUUCUACAAACUUUUGCAUACACUUAGACUAUGCAAACAAGUAUUGAAAUUUUUAAUCCUGCAGACCAUGUAAUAGAUUUUCUGGAUGCACCUUUUUCUUCAUCAAUGGACACCUUUCCUCGUUUGGGCCUGGACUUAAAUCUUUCUCCUGCACUUCCACUUCUCAUGGGCCAAAUACUUCAUACCUGUUUUUUUCAUCUUCGCACGUCUACUCUUAUUGGGCUUUCCUUUAUUUGUUUUUGACUUGUUUAAUUUUAUUUUAUGCUUUUGUUUCUUAUUUUUAGUAUUUGUUUGAUUAGUAGUUUUUUUUCUUUUUUUUUAAUACACGUAACCUUGUACGAUAAUCCC